AUGGCUUCCAGUGACACAGAACCACCUGUUGUAAUAGCUGAGCUAGUCAACCUCUUAAAAGAGAUCAAAGAGCUGCUGAAGGCCAGAAAUAACCAGCUGGAAGGGUCUUCGACUUCUCCUUUCGACAAUUCUCGAGCUAUACAACUGGCAGAAAAAUCGAAAAAUGAUUUCCCAUCCGCGUUGAAUAUAGGUGCAGAGACAUUGGUAAGGGACAGUCAGUGUGCUACGCCCGCAGCUCGUCCUUCUUACGAUGACACCGCACGCUACUCGAGUGGAAACGAUGGGGUUGAGGACAGUUUGCAUCCUGACGGGGCCGACAGAACCAGAUAUUAUAUGAUGCCUUAUCAUCGGACGGAGGUCUACACCUUUAAGCCUUUUACGAUGCUGCCCUGUCCUGUAGAAACUAGGGAGUCGUUGUUUAUAGCGGGGUCGAGCUGGAAAUAUUGGCGACCUAUUGCGGAGGUUCGAAAUACCGAUGUGGCAGUCAAUUCGCUUUCCCCAGGAAGAGGUUAUCCUAAUUACGUGCCCGAAUGGGAAAUCAUUCAAGUGGAUAGAGAGUGGUAUCAUAUAGACGGAAUGAAGCUCAGCUCGGAAAUCGAUUUUUCGCCCGAUGACGAAUUUGAGGAGGAAGAACGACUAGUGCCGUACUCCCUGCUGCCGUGCGACGAGCCAGAAACCCACUCUGCACUGUCCGGAUUGAACGAUCUCCGUGGGAUUCUGAGUGAGACUUUCGGGAACCUCCAUUCCGCUCCCGCCCACACGAUAUAUUUUGCAUUUGACAAAGACCGCUUGCGCGAUUGGAAUAGUGCGAGUUCAUCCUCUUCAUUUUCUCGUUAUCUGGCGUCGGCACAAUCUCUAUUCAAGUUGUUGGAGAAUCAUGGCGGGGCCUUCGAGAUUGCUGACCUCGAUGAUACGAAUCAAUUCACUGUUUAUGGAUAUCAAGCAGAUAGAUCACAGUAUGGGACGCAAACAGAGACAGACCCGCGUGUACUGUCACGAGCCGCUCUUCAUGCGGAGGAGUUUACCAUCAAUGUGCCUCCAGUCCGCUGCAUGCUGAAAAAACGAGCCGGGCAGCCCGCCAUCUUUAUACGCUCAGGGCCUAUUCGCUGGUAUCGCAUCAUCAGCUUCCGAGGGCUGGCGGCUGUCAUAGACCCUGAGUAUAACCUCUUAACUGACCACAGGAGAUUCAGUGCAAUACAUGCCUUCAGCAUAAUCUUUCAACAACGAUACCUGAACCUCAUGUAUGAUGAUGUAUGGAAGCUACAUAUCGAUUGCAGGAGCCGUAGCGAAGCUGCAAACCCAUUUGAAUCAGAUUGUGCAGCUUUCCAUAUCACUUGGUUUAGAAUCGGCCCCGACAAGAAGUGGCCAGAAUUCAGCAACUGGAAGUCUGGCAGGUUGUACGGCACCACCGACGAGGAUCAUUUGGAAGAGGUGGCAUUUACGAUGUGUUUUUACCCGUCAAGAGGUAGCGACGAAGUGGACAACUUGGACACUUUGGAUGUAUUCGAGAAGCCUUUUCGGACCGCUCCAGAACGCAUCCAGUACCUCAAAGAAUCUGGCUACUGGUACUGGUGCGUGCUCGUUCUGGCUCCUGCCCAUUUUGACGCGAUUUCGAGUCGGUACCGGCGCCCACGAGCAAUUAAUGACGGUGGCCACUUAGAGCCAGUACGACUGAUUCUGGAGGCUCUCAAAGAUGCUGCCGAUUCCUGGGAAGCGAUUGCGGAACAUCUCACUCGCGUUAUAAACACGCGGGGCGCGAUUUUUGAUCCAGACCUGCACGAUCGACUGUUGUUUGAUGAUGAUGCGUUCUCGCGAUCGCGGUUAUACUUCUGGGCCAUUGACAGCUUAGAGCUGUUCAUCCCAACCAUCGCUGCAAAUAUUCGAGAAUGGGAGAAUUUCUGGAAAGCUCGCAAGUUUCUCCUGGGAUGUUAUAACACCGGUUCUCCCGGCGAACCGCCACGCAUGCUCAAUGAAAUUUAUGAGAGCGUUCUACAACAAAUUGAGGAAGAGGUCUCCGGCUUGGCGGCGUUGAAGGCUAGGCUGGAGCUCUUGCGAGAACAAAUCAAAACCCUUAGGGAUGGUUUAUUCAACGCCAGUGCGGUCAUCGAGUCUAGGGCAGCCACUGAACUGGGUCAAUUUGAAGCUCUUGACGUAUUUCAGUAUCGUCUUCCUACCACUUAG